CACGAAUUAGUUAUUGGUCUAUGUUAAAACUUCCUUAUCCAAAUAAUAGAAUAAAAACGACAGCGCUUCAUGUAAAACCAUAUUGUUUCACGAAUAUUUUAUGGAGUUAAUACACUCUCAAUACGAUGAAAGGAGCGUUUUUAGUCUUGCUUAUAAGUGCCUUACUGGCAUCGGUGGCAAUGAUAAAUUGUGUGGAACGAGAUAAUGACCUAUCUAACACGAAUGACGUUUAUUGUGACAUAACUGAAAAUGUUGAAGAAUACUUAGCUGAUUGUAGUUACAGAAAUCUAACUCUGACAGGUUUACAUUAUGCUUUACCUCCGAAUAAAACUUAUAAAAUAACUGGUUUAAACUUGAUUGGCAACUCAAUAAAACGACUGAGUAACAUGUCAUGGGGGGAAUAUACGUCCCUUCGAUAUUUAUCAUUGGCAAACAAUGGAAUAGAAGUACUGGAAGAAGGUGAUUUCAACAAUCUGUCUGGACUGGAAUUGCUGGACCUUAGCUUGAACCGUAUACGGUACACGUGCAUUAGUGAACAAGUCUUUACAGUAUUAACAAACUUACAAUAUCUCGACUUAAAGCAAAACCUUACCGAUAUUUGGCAGAAUGAAACAUAUCCGAUCGGACUUUCAAAUCUGCGACAUUUAAAAUUUCUAAUGAUCGACGGAUUAGAUAAUGGUACUUUGCCUAAGAUGAAGAAUCUUUCUGAACUUUAUCUAUCAGGCGAGUAUGGUCGCUGUAAUAUCACAAAUUUAACUUCCGGCUAUUUUUCAAAUGUGCAAAAUGUUCAGCAUCUUUUUAUGUCUAAUUGCUCUAUCAAACAAAUAGUUAAUGGAACAUUUAGGAAUAUGUCGAUUUUAAGUUCGCUGGACCUUGCUAGAAAUAUACAAUUAGGACUUAAAUCAAUGGCCAAUAUAACAUUUGGUUUGGACGUGCACGGCUCAAUAAAACGACUUAAUCUGAACUCCCUGUAUGACUAUUGUAAUUAUGACUAUUGCGAACAUCUAGAGGAGAAGGAUUUUAAAUAUCUCUUUAAUACUAGUAUAGAGAUGUUAUUGUUAGAAAAGAAUCACCUCGUUCGGAUGACAGAAGCGGCUGUAGAUUUAUUCCCGGAGUCUUUACGAUAUAUGUCUAUAAGUGAUAACAUGUUACUAUAUGGUAAAUAUGUAAAGGAUUUGAUGACCAAACACACAACACAUAACUUGGUAUAUGUGGAUACAAGUAAAAUGUACAAAACCCAUAUAUCUCUACCGAAGGCCUCUUCUGUGAUGUAUGAAAUAAUUGCCACGGAGCUUCACGACGAGGAUGGCGUAGCAAAACAAUACUGGCCAGAAAAAAGUCAAUCCUUCACAAGCUUAUACAAUGCAAUGUUGACGCGUUUAAGAAUAAGUGAUGAUUUUGCAGAUAUUUGGAACACAAUGAGAAAGAAUAAUAUCAGUAAUGGUAUCGGUACUGCAAACACAUCGCUGCAGUUUGCAAAAGCAGAUAAACAAGCGCCAUGGAAGAGUAAGCUGGAAUAUCUUGAUUUGUCAGAUAAUCUUCCUGGAGUUAUUGAAAUGGCUGUUGAAAUUUUUAACAGUACACCUAAUAUAACAUUCCUCAAUGUAUCAAACAAUUAUCUUGGUUAUCCCUUACUUGAAAUACAUAAAAGCACUGCGUUGUUCGAAUCAGCUCAAAAGCUCCGUACAUUAGAUCUUAGUAACAACGGAAUUGGUGCAUCGUUACAUUCAGAUGUCUUUGCUAACUUGUCACAACUGCAGUACUUGUAUCUCUCAAACAAUAAAUUGACCAACAUUUCGUUUGAAAUUUCACAUCUUAAAGAGUUGAAGUAUCUCGAUCUCAGUUUCAAUCAUUUGGAAGAAGUUUGUAAGAAGGCUAGACGCUCCCUUGACAAUAUAAAAGACGUUACACUAAACUUGCAAUACAAUUCCAUGAAGUGCACGUGCAGAAAUAUAAAAUUUGUAAAAUGGCUUGAGGAAAAUAAGAAUAAAAUAAAGAACUUGUAUGAUACAAAUUGUACAUUGGAAAAUGAUACAUCUGUACCAUUGGGCGAACUUGACUUUCAUCAAUUUUAUUUUGAAUGUUCUCCUCCAGCAUAUUACAAUAUUAUUUUAGCUACCAGUCUGUCCAUUCUUGCUUUUGUCAUCACUGUCACGUGCGGACUUGUCUACAGAUUUAAAUGGAAUUUACGGUAUCUAUAUUACAUGACGAAAUUCAAAUUAGUCGGUGGCUACCAGCCUAUUGAUGAUAGGGAAUACGAUAAAGAUGUUUUCGUGUCGUAUGCGAAUGAGGACAGAAUGUUCGUGCAUCAACAUGUAGUGAAAGAAUUGGAAACAAAUGGGAAUAUAUCUUUGUUAGUCCACGACCGUGACUUUAGGGCAGGAGAGUUUGUUGCAGAUAACAUUAUGCGAGCAAUCACGUCAACUCGUCGUACACUUGUUGUUUUAACAGAGGCAUAUAUUGGCAGUAAAUGGUGCAUGUAUGAACUGAACAUGGCAACUAUGGAGGCAGCAGACACGGAUAGAAACGUUCUGUGUGUCAUUCUGAAGGAAGAUAUUCCUGUCAAAUACCUACCAAUAGAGAUCAUAAAUAUUCUCAAGAAGAAAACAUACAUGGAAUAUCCAACGGAAGAAGAACAUAUGGCGUUAUUCUGGAAUAGAUUAAGAGCAACACUUUCUCGUGAAACCUGAUAAUAUGUUUCAUUACUUAACUCUUAUCGACACUAUGAAACUGUUCUGAUUUAUCAAAUUGUUCUUAAAGCACAUUUAGAUUUUUUCACAUAUAUAUACGUUCAGAUCUUUUUCUACACAUGUAUAUAACUGUAAUAAAAAUGAGAAUCAAAGUCUUUGAAUAAUGGAUAUUGACUCAGUCAAAUGUUAUUCAAUAAAUCAACCUAUGGAUAAAUAAAUUUACUUUAAAAUAACAUAGAAUAUUUAUCAUGUAACACUUUGUGUUUGUUUGUUUGUUUUGUUUGCUAAUUAUGAAGUACAUGUAUAUUGUGCUUGUUUGAAUGUAUCUAUGAGAUAUUGUAUAUAUGUACAAGUUUCUACAAUAAACUGUUAUCCUUUUUCUUUCUUUUCAUAUCUAGAUAUUUUGUAGAUCUAUAUGUUUAUUUUUUAAAGAUCGAAAUCAAUUCAGUCAUUUUCAUUUUACUGUAAUCAAGUAUGUCCUGAUAUUAAAUUUCAAAUAGUGAUCGAUGCAAAGCAGCAAGAUCUGGUCCACGAUAUAUAAUUGUUAUUAUUUCAGGGAAAAAAAACCAUACAUAACGAGUUCAUGGACUGUCCCGGAGAAACUGUAUACUAUCAUUCAUGAAGUUGCAGUUGUUUUGUUUGUUGUUUUUAUUCUGUAAACUUUUUGUCAUUAGCUUACAGUACAGAUUUCAAUAAUGAAAUUAAUGAUAUCAAUAUGUCAAUAAAAUGUUUUA